CACAGUUCAGGUGAACUGGUGAAGGGAGAUGACGAAAAAAUGCAAUUCCUUUUUCAAUCUGCUCUAAGAUUGUUCGCUAAGAGAUUGGGGGAUAAUGUGACUAAAUAGUCUUUUUAAUGAUUCCUUUAGAUGUUGAAUUUGUGUGUCCCUCCUUGUUACUUUUCAAGGUUUCCUCCACAAAAUCUGGCACUUAUUAGACACUACAAAAAGCAACAACAUGGAUGUAGAUGUAGGAGAUGAAGAACGGAUAAUUAGCUCGGGAGAAACCACUAAGGAAGCGAAUAACGAAUUGGAAUCCAACGGAACGUUACUAAAAGUGAAGGGUUUCAAUUCCAUCGAGGUGGGAUACGAAAAUACAGUUGGAACUAAUGGUAAAACACCAGUAAUUGUGACUCAUGAACCUGUAAAUGAGAGAAGGAAUUUUGAUGUUCAAGUUCUGAUUCCUGGAAAAAGGAAACGGAAGUUGGAAGCAACAAAAAUGACGCCUUCUGAAGUAAAACGUUUACAGAAAGUUCAACAACAAGAAGAAAAGCAACGAAAACGUGAGCAAGAACGACUUCUUCGAGAGAAAAAGCGUCAACAAAAAGAAGAGGAGAAGCAAGCGUUAAAAAGGAAGCGUGAGCAAGAACGGCAGGAACGUGAACAGGCUCGGCAACGAGAAUUAGAACGAAAGCGUUUGGAGCGUGAAAAUCGGCAGCAUGAAAAAGAACUUCAGAAGAAGGCAUUGGAAGAUCAGGCUUUAGCGAAAGAACGUCAGCAGCUGAAGCUUAAUGCUUUCUUUAAGGCAGGAACGACCACCAAAAAGGCAGUUAAUGAAAAGAUAAGAACGACAGACGAAAAAGUAUCCGACUUCCGGCAGGACUUCAAACCAUUCUUCGUCCGUGAUAACGUUUAUAUGAUCAAACCUCAAGCGACACUGACUACAGCUAGUCUUGACGGGCUUCUCUUUGGCAAACAUGAUGAGCAAAAUGGCACAGACGUAAACAUUCAGAAAAUAUUUCCGCCUAAACCUAAAACAAAAUCUGCAACUGCGGGCUCUAAUGAAUUGGAUAACUCGACGGUUCGUAGUUUAGUCCAGGAACUACAAAACCCAAGCUCGAAAUUUGCACCGGAAGUUGUACUUGAGACUUUACGGAGAAUACCCAUUAAACUUAUCAUGUUUGCUGAGGACGUCCGGCCACCGUAUUUGGGAACAUUUACAAGGCAGCCAACACAGCCCAAUUUUGCUCGUUACCCUUGGUGGGAGGACGAUUCUAUGAAUUAUGAUUAUGAUUCUGAAGCGGAAUGGAUAGCAGAUGACGAAGAAGAAGAUGCAGAGGAUCUAUUAUCCGAUGAAGACGAGGACGAUGCUUCGGAUGAUAUUGGCGAUGAGUCGGAUACUGCCUUUGUUGACGACGAGGAUGCUUUACAGGCAUCCGUUUCUGUAAAAGCAACGACUACAUCUCGUCCGUUGGAAGUAUUUAUUCAAAAACCCACCUGGGAUUCCUCGCGGUUUCCGCAAUAUACUACUCAUAUUUUGGUGGAAAAAGAUGGAGCCUUGGCUACAACUCUUAAUCCUACGUAUGAUUACUGGUCUACUAAGCCAAAAGAAAGUGUCCUUACUCAAUCGUCUCUCAACACUCAGACAUUGCAGUUAAGUCGCCAAAAGCCAAAAUCAAAGUUUCCUGAAAAGGACCUACCGCGUUUCUGUACAGUUGUAGCUGGUCUUCAGGGAAACAAAGUACUAGUUGUUGAGCAGCUUCGUCAAUUAUUCCCCCAUGUAACCAAGCAAGUCAUCAGUGAAACAUUAAAUUUGGUAGCGGUCCGUUCUGGAAAAUCGCUGUCGGAUGGUUGGAUCAUUAAGCCGGAUUUUGCGUCUUAUGUCCAGGCUUAGAAUGCAUUUCCUUCACUCAUUUAUCCGUUUUUACCCUCUUCCCUGGCCCCUUUCAUGCUGAAAUCUUGUUUCUAAUUUAUCUCUUUCUUUGCCAUAAAAAAGCUGUUCCAUGCAUAUCACCCGUGUUUAGAAUAAACAAUAUAAUUAUAUUAGUGGACUCACAAAGUGGUAAUAGAUCUCGGAUAGGUAG